GACUCCGUGCCCGUGAGGGUCUAUCGGUCCAAAACAUCAAAUCCUGAGAGCAGACGGGGACUUGUGUGGAUUCACGGAGGAGGGGGCAUGUUUGGAAGCUUCAAAAGCAUCGAAAGACUGUGUCGUUUCUUUGCCCAGGAAAGUGCCACCGUGGUCGUAUCUAUCGGGUAUCCGUUGGCACCGGAGCAUCCCUACCCAGCUCAACAACGCAGCUUACGCGGCGUAUCGUACUUUCUGAAGCACGCGAAGGACUUCGGUGUGGAUCCACAACGGAUCGUGUUGGGUGGAGACAGCAGCGGAGGCUCCAUCGUGGCGGCCAUUUCUCAACAACUUGUGUUCGGAAAGGAUCUGCCCCGGGUCAGGGCCCACGUCUUAAUCUACCCUUUCCUCCAAGGUGUGGAUUUCAAUCUGCCUUCUCACCAGCAAAACCAGUCGGUGCCCCUUUUACUCAAGAGAGAUGCGGACUUUGGCAAGUUUUAUCUCACCGGAAAGACUUCGGACAGCGAUGGCGUGAUGGCCAAUGCUCACGUUCGACAUCUCAGGGCCAAGUACCAGAAAUGGAUCAGCGCCGAACAUAUUCCAGAAGAAUUUAAACUCCGGGGUUAUGUGCCCUUUGUACCCGGUCGCUUUUCUGAAGAUCUUUUCAAAGAAUGCGAGAGAACUUUUGAACCUGAAUUUUCCCCACUCCUGACGGAAGAUGCCAUCCUCCAACAGUAUCCAGAGACGUUCCUUUUAACCUGCGAAUACGACAUUUUCCGAGACGAUGGCCUGCUGUACAAGAAACGGCUGGAAGACAACGGGGUGCCUCUCACCUGGCAUCACCUGGAGGAUGGAUUCCACGGGAUCACCAUGCUGAUAGGAUAUGGGCCAAUGGAGUUUCCUGGGACGAGGAGGGGUCUCAGAAGUGUCCUCCAAUUCCUCGAACGCUGCUAGAAACCCAACGCCCACCUUCUUCUGCUUUGUUCGUCUUUCCAGCUUGGUGACCUUGCCUGGUGCAUGUG